AUGGUCAAAGAUACAAAAUUCUACGAUACCUUAGGAGUAUCCCCCACUGCAAGUGACACUGAAUUAAAAAAGGCUUAUAGAAAAGCUGCUUUAAAAUACCACCCAGAUAAGAACUCGACCCCAGAAGCAGUUGAAAAAUUUAAGGAAAUUUCUCAUGCUUAUGAAAUUUUAUCUGAUGAACAAAAGAGGGACAUCUACGAUCAAUAUGGUGAGGAAGGUUUGUCAGGUCAAGGUGGAGCAGGUAUGAAUGCUGAAGAUAUAUUCUCCCAAUUCUUUGGUGGCGGUUUUGGUGGCGGUUUCGGUGGUGGUCCGCAAAAACCAACCAGAGGUAAAGAUAUCAAGCACAGUAUUGGAUGUACUUUGGAAGACUUGUACAAAGGUAAAACCACCAAAUUGGCUUUGAACAAGACUGUAUUGUGUAAAGAUUGUGAUGGUAGAGGUGGUGCUGAAGGAAAAGUUAAAGAAUGUCCGGAUUGUCAUGGUUCUGGUAUGAAGUUUGUCACCAGGCAAAUGGGUCCUAUGAUCCAAAGAUUUCAAACUGUGUGUGACAAAUGUCAAGGUACUGGAGAUUUGUGUGAUCCAAAAGACAGAUGUGCCACAUGUAAAGGUAAAAAGACUCAAACUGAAAGAAAGAUUUUGCAAGUUCACAUCGAUCCAGGUAUGAAAGAUGGUCAAAGAAUUGUUUUCAGUGGUGAAGGUGACCAAGAACCAGGUAUUACCCCAGGUGACGUUAUUUUCGUUGUUGAUGAAAGACCAAAUGCCGAAUUUCAAAGAAAGGGUAAUGAUUUAUACAGAGAAUAUGAAGUUGAUUUAUUAACUGCUUUAGCUGGUGGAGAGAUUGCCUUCAAACACAUUUCAGGUGACUGGAUAAAGAUAAAUGUCAACCCUGGUGAGGUUAUUGCUCCGGGUGAAAUGAAAAUUGUAGAAGGUCAAGGUAUGCCAAUCUAUAGACAUGGUGGUAAAGGUAAUUUGAUAAUCAAAUUUUCAGUUGACUUCCCAAAGAAUCACUUUGCUGAUGAGGAUAAACUUAAGGAAUUGGCUUCUAUUUUGCCACCAAGAAAACAAGUUGAAAUUCCAAAGGGAGCUGAAGUUGAUGAAUGUGAUAUGGUCAAAUUUGAUCCUGCAAAACACCAACAAAGAAGAAGAGACGCAUAUGAUUCUGAUGAGGAAGACGGUCAAGGUCAUCCAGGAGUUCAAUGUGCUUCUCAAUAA